AUGAAGUUCACUAUUGUGACUACCGUCCUCCUUGGACUCUUGCUGACUCCAGCCCUUGCUGCUUACAUGCAGAAUGAGCAAGUAAACCAGCAAACUGCCGUUGCUGCAGGCAACCAAAUUCUGAGCACCAAUAGGGAGUUGCACGUGGCAACUGUCGAGCAAAAGACCACCCAUGGGUCAUGGAAAACCAUUUGGAACUAUGAUAAGCACUUUAUUGUAACCAGAGUGCUGCCUGAGAAAGUUUGCUUCAUUUCCAUGAUGAACAAAGCGGAGAUGCUGGACUUUGAAGAACUUCCCAUGCUGGCUGAAGAGAGCAAGAACAUGAAAGGUCAAAGACGGCCUGCAAAGGAGAUCACGUUAGUCACCAUGAGACCUGUCCGUGACCUCAGGUCUUACGGACCCGCUGUCUUCACUAUGUGCAGAGGACUCAAAACCUACAUGGCUUAUGAAGUUAACGGACGUCAAUAUAUAGGCAAUCAAGAAUCAUGCAUUAGACUUAAAGUCCUGCAAGUUUUGGGCCUUAACUACUGUCGCGGCAAUACCAACGCCUAA